UCUUUCCUUAUGCUGUGCGAGGCGGAGCACCCUAAUCCCUAACAAAACUAUUUGUAUUCGGAUCUGAAUCCAGUUACAAUAUAUUACCUACUACCUUCGAUUUCGUUUGCAUGAAUUAUCGGGUGUACAUGUGUACACCCAUGUCCUAUGCUGGGUCCGCCCCUGGAGUGGAGCAGAAUCCGCACAUUGUAAUUGUGCUAGGUUGUGGGAGAUGGAUUUGGAUCACAUUAUUGUAAUACUACUCGUUAUGCCUGUGCUUGAUAGUGCUUCAUUCACAAAACUAAGGAUAGACAUCACACUAUUAGAUAGUUUUGAAAUAGCUUGAUGAGUAUCAAGCUAUUGAUUAGUUUCCAUCUUUGGGGCUCUGAUAGUAGACAUGGCUUUAUCUGGUACUAAUGGGCGCACAUAGUCACAUAUCUUGCAUACAGCUAUCUACAUGCAGAGGUAUCACGAUCUGCAUUUCAUAUGAGUGCAGACAUGAAACUUGUAGCUUUCUUUGGACAAUUUAUUUCAUGAGUGGUAUUUUUUUUUCAAUGAUUUCCCAUUCACUUUUUGUGUAGCUUUCUGUUGUCUUUUGGUUUACACAGGAACAUUUGGAGAAGCAUAACAAAAGACAAAUUGUGAUUUCAUUCUAUCUAUCUCGGGUGUUACUAAUAAUGCGGAGGCUCAAUCCCUUUGGGGGGAAAGCACAGAGUGGGUUGGAAGGUCGGACCAUUGAUGUUGGAAAUGUGAAGAUUACAGUACGAAAUGCCAUUGCAGAAGGAGGUUUCUCUUGUGUAUAUCUGGCAUGUGACACAGUACAUCCAUCAAAGUCAUACGCAUUGAAGCACAUUAUUUGCAAUGAUUCGGAAUCGCUUGAUCUUGUCAUGAAGGAAAUCCAGGUUAUGAACCUCCUCAAAGGGCAUCCUAAUGUGGUCACACUUGUUGCGCAUGACGUUUUUGAUAUAGGCCGCACAAAGGAGGCACCUCUUGUGAUGGAGUUCUGUGAGAAGUCCUUGGUGAGUGCAAUGGAAAGCAGAGGUAGUGGUUACUAUGAGGAGAAGAAGGCACUUUUAAUUUUCAGAGAUGUCUGCAAUGCUGUUUUUGCGAUGCAUGGACAGUCACCACCAAUUGCACAUAGGGAUCUGAAAGCUGAAAAUAUUCUUCUUGGAUUUGACGGUGCAUGGAAAAUAUGCGAUUUUGGAAGCACGUCAACAAAUCAUAAAUGCUUCAACAAACCAGAAGAGAUGGGAAUUGAGGAAGAUAUCAUUAGGAAACAUACAACCCCGGCAUACAGGGCCCCUGAGAUGUGGGAUCUCUACAGAAGAGAAGUUAUUAGUGAGAAAGUCGACAUUUGGGCCUUGGGAUGCCUUUUAUAUAGAAUAUGCUACUUUAAGUCUGCAUUUGAUGGAGAAUCCAAGUUGCAGAUACUCAAUGGCAAUUAUCGUAUCCCUGAGCAACCCAAGUAUAGCACCGCUGUCACAGGGUUGAUCAAAGAUAUGCUGGAAGCGUCUCCAAAUUCGAGGCCAGGCAUCACGCAGGUCUGGUUUCGUGUUAACGAGCUACUGCCGCUGGAGUUACAGAAAAGAUUACCUGAUGGACCUUCAUCAGCCAUUUCCAUGAGUUUGCAAGAUGAAGGUGCUCAUAAAAGAACACAUGUGAUGCCUAGAAGGAACCCUCCUCCGCCUCCAAGAGAGCAAUCUAAUAGUUCUUUAUUGCAUGGAAGCUCAGGGGCAGGAGAUGCACCUUUAGGUGCAUUUUGGGCGACGCAGCAUGCACAAGGUGCUCAAGCUGCGGAUAAUAGGAAAACUCUGUUUGACGAGGAGCCAAUUAAGCCAUCACUGUCAUCAAAGCAGAACCAAAGCAGGGUGGACACCAGCAUCAGUAUCCCUGGGGAUAGGCAUGGUCAUUCUGGUCAAUUGUCACGAACAAGUAAAGCACCAAGUAACUCUGUGCCCAAUAAUGGAUUCACAGGUGUCUCUGACACAAAUUUGUUCACGGAGACACAAAGUUCUGUGAAACUUAAAGUACACCAACCUCAGCCGAAACCAAAAUGUGAUAAAGAUCCAUUCAGCAGCUUUGUUGCAGAUUUUGAUACACACAAUCUCAACAUUGCUGCUAGUAGGGCAUCUGAACUUGAACUUGAAGUGUCCAGUCUGAAAGAGCAGUUGAAGAAAACCACAUUGCAGAAGGAUGAGAUGACAGCCAAGUAUGAAAAACUAUCUGCAAUAUGCCGAUCGCAGCGUCAGGAGAUCCAAGAACUGAAGCGCACUCUUGCUGAGACAACACCUCCAUCAAACAAAGUCAGCUCAAGGACACAAGACUCUAGAUCUCAGCGAAAGGAAAAGAUUGGAGGAACAGUGUGGGAGCUUGAACAAGGAAUGCUUGCAAGCAACUCUUCAUCAGCCAGUUCUGAUGCCAAAACAUGGCAGGCAUUCCCUGACACAAAGGCCCAGGCUCGACCGAAGGUCGAUCAUGCAACUAACGGGAGGCAAAACCUAACCAGGAACACAAGCCCAGGUCCUUCUCCUGAUGCCUGGGGUUUUGGCACCGAUAAUUUCAGAUCAUCUGCAGCAGCAGUAAACACUGCUACUCAGAUCAACAACAGGGCUGCUGGUCAAGGGAGCUCCUCCCAGAGAUUUAGUGCUGAAGUGGCGAAGAAAGUGGAGCAGCCAUCUGGAUGGGCUGGUUUUUAAUGUCACAGCAACAUGUGGUAAUCAUCAUUCUUGUUUGAAAUUUGCAAACUGCCCUACGCUGCUGCUCCUGCUCUUGCAGAUGGACGAGGCAAGCUGCUGACCCUUUCCUGCUAAAGGGGUUUGACAUUGGUAAUCUUUAGUGUGUUCAUCGUUGGUUGAGCCAACUUAGACGUUGAUUCAUGUGAUCAUCUGACAUUACCCUGUUAAUAAGUAAAUAUUUACAGUGCUGUACGUAUUUCUGUGUAUGAAGUAUGACCAUGUAUUGACUGACUGCUCUAGCAGUAUCAAUGCCAACUUGCCAAGGUAUACCGUUCCA